UAUACAUAUGGUAGUACCACUUGAAGUGAUGCAGAUUGAGAUUAUAAGGAUAGAAGGCUCUUGCUGCCUAUGUUAAUCCUUGCGAUAUAUAUAUCUCUUCAGAGAUCCAGUAUCUCUGUAAAAGCGCUCACCAAUGGCACUGUUUCUACUGAAUCAGGUAAGGAGAUCCAGUCGUUGACCACUCUGUGGGAGAAUCUAAAUUCCACACGUAUUUCUAUUCGACCUCGGUCUGAGCACCUUCUUGUGGUGACCUCGUAAAUGUAUCCCAGAGGGAGAGAAAAAGUUCGAAAGGUCAAUCCUUAAAUCACCUUUUAAUAUACGUUUUCGUCUAUGAGUAUCCACUCACAACAAUCAAAUGAUGGUGGUUCAAAAAUCUAUGUACCUCCCCAUUUGAGAAAUCGCGGAGCAUCAAACGGCGUUGUUGAAUCCUCAAAUGACUACAGUCAGUUUUCACGCCCUUCUCGAGGCACGACUAGUGAUAAUUUUCGUGGACGCUCUAGUCGUGGUUCUUAUGGUAACAGAGGGUCGAAGAUGGGAGGCGACUGGCAGCAAUCAGACACACGAUGGCAAAGCUUCAAUGGAGGAGGUUACCAGCCGCGGAAUAGCAAUUACUCCUCUGGCCCCAAUAUUCCUAGACGUACUUGGAGUUCACCCGGUGAGGAUUGGACUCAACAGUUACCACGAAAUGAGCGCACAGAGCAGGAAUUGUUCAAAAAUGUGAGCGCAGGCAUAAACUUUGACCAAUAUGACAACAUUCCUGUAACUGCAACGGGUCCAAAUUAUAAUGAUAGCACAUCUACAAUAUCCUCAUUUACUGAGCUUUCAUUGCAUAAAAUAAUACGUGACAAUGUCGAUAUGGCCCAUUACGAACGGCCCACGCCAGUACAAAAACAUGCAAUACCAAUCAUUGCAUCAGGUCGAGAUUUGAUGGCCUGUGCCCAAACUGGCUCAGGAAAGACUGCAGCGUUCCUUAUUCCAAUUUUAAAUAAUAUGAUAAAUCAGGGUCCUGGUGACUCUAUAUGUGCUACUAUGGAUAACAAUCGGAGGAAGCAGUUUCCGGUGGCACUUAUACUGGCUCCGACCCGGGAGUUAGCGUCACAAAUUUUUGAUGAUGCUAGAAGAUUUGCAUACAGAUCCAACAUUAGAUCAUGUGUUCUAUAUGGUGGUGCUGAUAUGAGAACUCAGUUGAUGGAGCUAUCUAAAGGCUGCAAUUUAUUAGUUGCUACUCCUGGUCGAUUAAGUGAUGUUUUGGAGCGGGGUCGCAUUGGUUUAGAUUAUUGUCGGUUUCUGGUUUUGGAUGAGGCUGAUCGUAUGCUGGACAUGGGAUUUGAACCACAAAUUCGUCGUAUUGUUGAGCAGGAUGCUCUCCCACCUGCUGGUGAGAGGCAAACACUUAUGUUUUCCGCAACUUUUCCCAAUGAAAUUCAGGCUUUAGCUAAAGAUUUCUUGCACAGCUAUAUUUUUUUGACGGUUGGACGCGUUGGAAGCACCAGUGAAAAUAUUACGCAAACUAUACUUUGGAUUGAGGAAAAUUCUAAACGAGAUGCUCUGAUUGAUCUACUUGCUAAUUCAGAAACAGGUACACUGACAUUAGUUUUCGUCGAAACGAAACGUGGUGCAGAUGCUCUUGAGAAUUAUUUGUACUCUCAGAAGUUCCAAGUGGCAAGCAUACACGGAGAUCGGACUCAAGAGGAUAGAGAAUUGGCCCUGUCUUGCUUCCGUACAGGUCGAACCCCAAUACUCGUAGCAACUGCAGUUGCAGCACGUGGACUGGAUAUUCCAAAUGUUAAGCAUGUCAUUAACUACGAUCUACCUUCAGAUAUCGAAGAGUAUGUGCAUCGUAUUGGUCGAACUGGUCGUGUUGGGAAUCUCGGACAAGCCACUUCGUUUUUUAAUGAUAAAAAUCGUAACUUAGCUCGUGGUUUAGUUGAGUUACUUGAAGAGGCCAAUCAAACCGUCCCACCAUGGCUAAAGGCAUUCACAAACGACGGAAGAGCAACAAGUUUUCAGCGUCCUAAGAACAAUCGUCGGGGUGGUUUCGGGGCUCGCGAUUAUCGACAAGUUCCAUCUCGUGGUGGUGGUAAUGGUUCUAAUCGUCCUUCAGUGACAUCUUCCAGAGAGUAUGGAAUGCUGAGAGACGGUGGCUACUAUGAUUCUCAACCUAAUACAAUGUCCCAAAGUUCUGCAGACUGGUGGGGAAACUAACUGUCGUAGUCGUGAUGGACACGCUGUGGGCGAUAAUUCUGUCGUUUUUAUAAUUGGAUUCUUUUUUUUGACAAUUUUUACAUGAGCGGAAACUUGCUCUCAUAGCUUACUUUGAAUUUCACGCCACUGAAUACCUGCAGUUAUUGUUUUUCUUCUUGAACCCAGUUACUACGGUUCAUUGCAGUUAGCAGCUCUAACUAUGUGCACUUAUGUGGACAUAAUAGCGGCAGCCAUUCCCUACAAAUAUCACUUUUGAAUUGCUGCCCCUUAUUUUUCCUAAAUCUGCAUUUAUUUCUGUUGAGGUGUGAUUUUCCCAGAGAUCUAAGACAAGUUCAACCGCUUUUUGGUAUUUACAUUAAGCUUGUAUUGAUUAAAAAUAUCAGAUUCUGAA